CCUGAGGGAGGGAGGCCAAGAGGAGUGGAGCUGAGCCUGGAGCCCGGCACUCAGCGCUUGCGGGGCUCGGCCGGCUCCUUCCUUCCUUUCCCUUUUCCUUCCCACCCACCCCAACAUCCACACCUGCCGCCGCCAUGCCCAUCAACUUCACCGGCCACUGGAAGAUGAAGAGCUCAGAGAACUUCGAGGAGCUGCUCAAGGCGCUGGGCGUCAACGUGAUGCUCCGGAAGAUUGCCGUGGCAGCCGCCUCCAAGCCGGCGGUGGAGAUCAAGCAGGACGGAGAGUCCUUCUACAUCAAGACCUCCACGACCGUCCGCACCACCGAGAUCAACUUCAAGAUUGGAGAGGAAUUUGAGGAGCAGACAGUGGACGGGAGGCCCUGCAAGAGCCUAGCCCGCUGGGAGAGCGACAACAAGAUGGUGUGCGACCAGCGGCUGCUCAAAGGGGAAGGGCCUAAGACCGGCUGGACCCGAGAAAUGACCAACGACGGGGAGCUCAUCCUGACCAUGACGGCCGACAACGUUGUCUGCACCAGGAUCUACGUUCGGGAGUGAGAGGCCUGUUGGGUGGGGAAAGGAGCCAGCUUUCACACCCACCCAUCAACUCAGCCACAGAGGAAGCGCCCCAGAAUCACAUUGGCCGGCUUUGAGAGCAACUUCCACCCCAACCCAUGCCCGUCUCUCUGUCCAUGCUCAGAGGCUGUGCAUCCAGCAAGACGUAAAGGAGCAGCUCCUCCUUUCCUGGCUGUUCAUCACAUUCCCUCAGCCUUGAAAGGAGCUGCGGACAGGUGGGAAGAAACCCUCUCUCUCCUCACCAUGUUUGCAGCUCCCUCAUUUCCCCUUUAACGCUGGCAAACCAAACCCUGAGAUGCAUCUCUGAGUGUUCACUAGCCAAACACAGAGAGCCCUUGAAGCAGAAUUGGAGAGUUGUAGUUGUAGUGGAGGGAAGGGGAGAGCAGGCGUGCAAGCAAGGCUCAUCGAGAAGACUCCACAUGAUGGAAUGAUUCAAGAACAAGAGAACUCAAGCUUAGAUUCUCACUCUAACACAGCGUUGCCUGAACUGCCUUUAAAGCAAACAGCUUGUUUAAUAGACACCCAUGAAAGCAUUACGUCUCCCUUGUAUUUUCUCCACAACUUUCGUUCCUGGUUUAAGUCAAACCUUGGUUUUGGAUUUAAUUCUGGGCACCUGCCUUGCUGUCCAUUGAGUUCCCAAAUAAUGUAACAUAAACCAAGAGGUUUGCAACUGCCCAUCGUCCAGCUAGGUCUUGACCCAAUGCCUCCCCCCAACCUUAGCCCUCAAUCCCCUCUUCCCGUAGCAUAAGGGACACCCAGAGCAGAGAGAGUGCCACUUGCACCCACCAAAGGUCUUCUCCUCUUUCUCUAGAGCUUCUAUCAUAGGCUUUGGAAGUAUUUAUUUGCUCUUUGUGUAACCAAAGACCAGAAAAAAGGAAGCCCCCUCCCCAAAAUCCCCAUGCUAGUGGUCUCCUUCUUUGGCCUCAGCCAUCCUCUUUCCUGUCUUUUCACCGCGUGUCUAAUAAAUGUCUUUCCAAAUCGA